AGAAUCCAUAACUUACUCCCCACCCACCCUAUCACGCCCAAAUCGCAACCAUGACUAAGAAGCGCAAGAGGUAUCCGGAUCUGAACCAGAAGCUAGAGCGACCAUGGUGCUACUACUGCGAGCGCGAUUUUGACGACCUGAAGAUUCUCAUCUCUCACCAAAAAGCCAAACACUUCAAAUGCGACCGUUGCGGACGACGGCUGAACACUGCCGGAGGUCUCUCUGUGCACAUGAACCAGGUCCAUAAGGAGAACCUCACGCACGUCGAGAAUGCCAACCCAGGACGCCAGGGCCUCGAGCUCGAGAUCUUCGGCAUGGAGGGCGUGCCCGCCGAGAUAAUAGACCAGCACAACCAACAAGUCACACAAGCACAUUUCGCCGAGGAACAGGAGCGCGCGCGGUUAACGGGUAAUCCGAUGCGUGGAGCAUAUGUGAAUGGUCAGGCUGCACCGAACAAGAGGCCCAAGAUCAACGAGAGUCUGGACGAGAUUGAGGCGAGGGCGGCCAAGUUUAGAGAGGACCGUAAGAACGGCGUUCUCCCGCCGCCAGUUGAGCCCGUGCAGAAUGCAACCCCCCCAGUCGUUCAACCGCCCUAUGGCGCUCCUCCAGGUGCUCCGGUGGCCUUUCCGCCAGGCGCUCCUGCUUACCCACCCCAAGGCAUCGCGCAACCCUUUUCACCCGGCAAUGCCGCCAUACCGACACGACCAGGCAGCAUACCAGGCCAACCAGGAGCGCUUCCACCUCGACCAGGCUUCGGCGCCCCACCGCCCGGCGCAUUUCCUCCCGGGCCAAACGGCGACAUCUCCAACUCUGUCGACGAUCUCAUCAAUGAGGUUACUAAGGAGGCGGCGCCCAAGGAAGAGAAGAAGAGCAAAAAGGACAAGAACCAGCGGCUUAUUUUCUUUGCCGAGACGACGAGUCCCGAGGAGAAGAUGGCGGUGUUGCCGAGGUUUGCGGAGUUUAUGCGGACGUGAUUGGGGGGCAGUGAAGCUGGUGGGAGUGUGCAUGGUGUAUCUUGACAUUUUUUUCUUGGCCCAAGUGCAGGAGAAUGCACGUGGAGAUGGAUUUUUUAAAAAAAGAAGAAGGCGCCUUGAAAGAGGUGUGAGAAAGGGGGGCCCAGACAAAACGAAUGACAAGCUUACUGGUGCUAUCGCGCCGUGUGAAGGGAAAAGGGUAUCCGUCUCUUUUCUUCUUCUCUUCUACCCAAGACAUGGAAUGCGACGCGAGUAAGAAAACAAGGACGUGUUUUCUAGUCUAUCCAUGUUUGUUUGUAUACAGACGGUACAUGUAUAUGUCUCAGAGCAAGAGAGAGAAAUAGCUUCGGGCGUUGAUUACGAAAUGAAGACUAUAAUCCGGUCCAUUUGAGAAUACACUGUUCAACCCGAAGAAUCAGAAGAGAGUGAGAGAUGUUCCAAAGA